AUGGUUAUUGGAAAUUCUAAUUGUGAUUACAGUAAUGUUAUUGAUAAAGAUGAUGAAAAUUAUGGAGGAUUAAAUGAUGAAUGUGUUAUAUUUGCAUCAUAUAAUUCUAAUGAAGAUAAAGAUAAAAUGGAUGUAGAAAACUGA